ACAGCACAAAGUAAAAGUUGCAAACUCAAGUUUUUAGACUUUUAAUGAGUCAUGGAGCCAGAAUUCAAUCGAGAAGAUUUGGAGAGAUUUGAGAAAAAGUAUAAAACGGAACAAGAAUCUGGACAUGUUGCGAGAGACACACAGUUUAAUUACGCUUGGACUCUAAUACAAAGCCCAAAUACAAAUGACAUAAAAAAGGGCGCUCAUUUGUUGCAAGAUUUAUGUACACAUGGUAUAGACCAAAGAGAUUAUGUGUAUUUUUUGGCUGAAGCAAACUACAAACUUUCGGAAUACCAAAUAGCAUUAAAAUAUAUUAACAGAGUUUUGGAUAUAGAACCAAAUAACAAACAAGCGAAGGAACUAAAAGAAAAGAUUGAACAAAAAAUGAAAAGAGACGGUGCAAUCGGUGCUAUUCUGGUUGGAGGAGCGACAGUGGCUGCUGUUGGUGCUUUGGCAAUGAUGUUUGUCAAACGAAAAUGAAUAAUUGUAUAAAUGGGAGCAUAAAUAUCCAGUAAUUUGUAGAGUACCUUAAUUGAUGCUAAUUAAUAUCAAUUAGACGUUCGUUGUCGAAUGUCUAAUCAAAGAGUAUACAUAGAUGAUCAAUGGAAUACAUGUCUUUUGUAAAUAUCUUCUAUGUGUUUACACUAAAGAGUGUAUAAAAAAACUGACCAAAUUUGUGGUUCUUUUCUUAACCAUAGUUUUUUUUCAUCAUUAAUACUAACCAAAAGCAGCCAAUCAGGCUUCGUCAACGGAAAAUGUUCGCGUUUUUCAUGUUAA